AUGUCGGUAAAGUAUUGCGAUUCUGCAGAAGAGGGCUUGCCCCAGUCGUACUCGUACGAUGUGGACUCGGCAGACGAUGAAAGUGUCUGCAGCCAAGAUUCCGGGACUUGUAUGUCGCCUAGAUGGGGUCCAAAUGCCAAACCCGAGUUGAAAUACUCAUAUGGGCCCACCUGGAAUCAAGGUUAUCUUUCUCACAUGCAUAACCCGCUCGGAGCCGUCCCGUAUAACCUUCCAGUCAACACCCGAUGGGCCCCCCAGCCCGCCCCGAUUGUCUGCCUACCACCGACCUAUGACCAGAGUCCCCCCCCACCCCCUACUGAUGUCGCUCUCAACGAAUUGCGCAUGGCAGAUAUUCAGCUUCAGGACGAAAUAAGAACGGGGCUCAACAGCCAGCGUGCCACGCUCUCCCAGUCCUCGAGUGCUGUCCAGAAGCAGCUGAAACAAGCUCAAAAGUGUUGCGAAGCAAUCAAGAAGCAGCUCAAAAUUGUGGAAAGUCGUUGUAAUGACCAUCAAAUCAGUGUGCAGGAGACCAAAGAACUUCGCGGUCAAGUGAUGACACUCAUCAAGGAGCAAAAGAGCCUCAGACGUCUUCUAAAGCGCGAAAGGCGGAAGGGCGCAAGGGCUUGA